AUGGCACUCUCUUAUUUCUAUAUAAGAGCAUCUCUCCUAGAAGAAGAGGAUGACGAUUGUGAACGUGCCCGCAAACGUCGUAAGUUAAGGGAAAAGUUCAAUCCCGCCAAAAUCCCUGACAAGGAGUUUUUAUACAAAUACAGAGUAACUCGGGAACUGUAUGAAGUAUUAUGUGAUGAAUUAAUACCAUUGUUGCGUCCUAAGAAGAGUUGCACAGGUUUAGACCCUAAGUUAAAGAUCCUAGCCGCUUUAAAUUACUAUGCUUGGGGCCAUUUGCGUGGGGUUACAAAUAGACGCUGCAGGAUGUUGCUCUCUAAACAAUCCAGGACUCGCUGUACAGGUGAAGUGACACGGGCUCUGAAUGAUCCUAGCAUUUUAGAGAAAUUCAUACAGUUCCCAGAGACUCAGGAGGACAGAGAAAUGAAUAAACAGAAAUAUUACGAGAAGUUUGGGUUCCCGAAUGUGUUAGGCUGUGUCGACUGUACCCACGUGCUGGUGCUCAAACCUCCGACAGACGACCACUACUUAUACCUGAACAACAACAGUCAUACGGUGUUUUCGCAAAUUGUGUGCGACGCUGACUGCAAUAUCAUAAGUGUGGACUCGUCUCACGGUGGAGCUUCGACUAAACAGAAUGUAUGGAAUGCCAAUCCCCUUUCUAAUCACAUGCAAAAUCUUGACGAUACUGCUUACAUUCUUGGAGACUCGAGUUACGCUCAACAAGACUACCUAAUGACUCCGAUAAAAGAUCCUGCAAAAUUAACUCCAGAAAGUAGAUAUAACGUUAUUCAUAAAGCAGCGCACUCCACUGCCACCCAAACGAUACGGGAAUUAAAAUCUAGAUGGCGUUGUCUCUUAGCUAACAAACCUCGUUACUUCUUUGACAUGAUGGCGAAAAUUUUUAAAGCGUGUUGCGUUUUACAUAAUAUUUGCAACAUGGCGGGUCUGAAAGCUCCUGAAAUGACCUUAAAGGAUGUUCGUGGUGAGAGAAGGAGAUAUAAAAAUGCGAAUUGUUGUGAUUAUGAGGAUAGUAGUGCAGGUGUAGAAGCUAGAAGUCAGUUGGUGGAGUAUUUUGAGACGGUGCGAUUUGUGCACAAUAAAGCAAAAACUAUCGCUCGUAGGAUGCGUUAA